UCGAUUCCAAUCGAGAUGGCAGUCCUGCACGGUCUUGCAUGUUUCCCUUUCCUCUAUCUCAAUCUCAACCCCACUGUUCGUGAUAAUCGUAAUCAGCGUUGGUCGAAAUUGUCAGUUGUAGCUUGUAUCAAAUCAGAAAUGACAGACAAACCGAAAGUAGACUUGGGUCUUCUUGAAGAAGAUGAUGAAUUUGAAGAAUUCCCAGCAGAAGAUUGGACUGGAAAGGACGAAGAUGAGGGAGACAUAAGUGUAUGGGAAGAUAACUGGGAUGAUGAUAAUGUAGAAGAUGACUUCAGUAUGCAGUUAAGAGCUGAGCUUGAAAAACAGGGAGUUAAACUGGACUCAUAAUUUUGGUAUAUCUUCCGUAACUUACUAAUUAUUUGAAUAGAAAGUGUUAACACAUUCUCUGUAAUAAAAUGUAAUAUUAUCUUCAGGAAUCAAUAAACACUAUACUUUGUA